AUGAAAAACCCUAGUUUGUAAGGGAGCACAGCCAAACAGCAUAUAAGAUUCCUAAUCUUAAUAUUAAGUUGCAUGGCUAUAUUCUCUGACUAUUAUAUCAUUGAUAUUCCUGCAGUAAUAUAGAUGCAACUUGUUGAUUAUUUUGCUCCAAUUUAUGGCAAAGAAAAUACUGAAAUUUUAUAUAGUUUUUUAUAUACUAUAUACUCACUUCCUAACGUUAUUCUUCCUCUUUUUGGAGGAGUUCUCACUGAUAAAAUUGGCUACAGAAAAAUGACAAUAGUGUUUGUCUUUUUUAUUACUUUAGGAUAAGUCAUCAUAUCAAUGGGAAUGAAAUUCCGUAGUCUUGAGCUCAUGAUUUUUGGUCGUUUCGUAUUUGGAAUUGGAGGUGAAUCUGUUAAUAUUUGUAUUAAUACAUUGAUAGUCAAUUGGUUUUAAGGAAGUGAAUUAUCUUUUGCCUAAUCAAUAAAUCUUAGCAUGAUCCGUGUAGCUAGUAUUUUAAAUACCUUCUUAACUCCUAGAAUCGCUGAAUAUAGAUCAAUGAACACUUGCUUUACAUUUGGAGUGUUUGUCUGUCUAUUUAGCAUGUUUAGUUCUAUUUUACUAGUUUAUCUUGAUUAUAAAUUAAAUAACUAAGGACUAGUUGAUCAAAUAAUGGCUUCCUAACCAUAAUAACAAGUUUCUAAUUGGGAAUACAUCAAAAAUAUUUUCAAGAAAAUACAAAAAAAUACUUCUAAAUUUACUUAGAUUUUUUGGGUGUUAACAUGCUUGAUGGUUUCCCUAUAUAUUACAGUCAUUUCAUUUAAUACUUUCUCAAGUUCUAUUUUAACUGAUUUGUGGCUGCCAAAGGAAAAUUCAGUUUAGAGAAACUAAGAAAUUGCUGGUGAAAUGAUGAGUGUACCUUAUAUAAUGGCAUGUCUUUUAUUCCCAGUUUUUGGUUUAAUUUGUGAUAAAUAUGGAUAAAGAGUAAGAUUACUCAUUUUCUCUAGCUUUUUAACUUUGAUUUCAUUUAUACUACUUCCUUUUGUAUAUCCUAUUACUUCAUUGGCAAUUUUAGGAUUCAGCUAUGCUAUUUUUGGGGCUGUUAUUUGGCCAACUGUUUCUUAUGUUGUUCCUUCAAAAAGAUUGGGUAUUGGCUAUGGUUUGAUGAGUUCUAUUUAAAAUUUAGGCACUGGACUUAUGCCUUUAAUAAUUGCUUUUAUCAAAGUCUAAGGUAAUUCAAUAACCGUUGUGAUAACAUUCUUGGUUAUUUCUCUGGUUUCAAUAUAUUUGUCAUUUGUUCUUCAAAGAAUUGACUCCUAAUAAAAAAUAAGUCUAAAUGAGGCAGACUAGAACUUAAUCAUGCUCAAUUUAGAAGAAAAUAAUAAAAGUAGCUACAGAAGUUCAGCUACUAGUUCAUAAUAAGAAAAUGAAUUCAAGAAAAGCAGUACAAACGAUGAAGAAGAUGGAUUAAUUUCAAGCAACAAUCAUGCAGAAAUAUUUAGAGAAACUUAAGAAGGAAUUGAAAAUUAAAAUGCAGAAUUUUAAGAUGAUGAAAAAUAAACUCUGUAUAUUUGA